UUAUAUUUGAUACUAGAGGCGGCAACCUCGCAUAAUUUUUUAUGACAUUUUUGACAUUAGACACUUUUGACGCUCAGAAUCUGACACUGACAGCUUCCUUCAAAAAAGUUCAGCCAUGGCGCCCGCAGUGAAAAAAGAGAAGAAAGAAGUCAAAGACAAGUCCAAAAAUGUCAUGCGGGACUUGCACAUCCGUAAACUCUGUCUUAACAUUUGUGUCGGCGAAAGUGGUGACAGGCUAACUAGAGCUGCUAAGGUGUUGGAACAACUUACAGGGCAACAGCCUGUAUUCUCCAAAGCUAGAUACACUGUAAGAUCUUUCGGUAUCCGUCGUAAUGAAAAAAUUGCUGUACAUUGCACCGUAAGAGGGGCAAAGGCUGAAGAAAUCCUUGAAAGGGGCCUGAAAGUCAGAGAAUAUGAAUUGAGAAGAGACAACUUCUCUGCUUCAGGAAACUUUGGUUUUGGUAUUCAAGAACACAUUGAUUUGGGUAUCAAGUAUGACCCAAGCAUAGGAAUCUAUGGUCUUGACUUUUAUGUAGUAUUAGGCAGACCUGGAUUCAAUGUAGCCCACAGGAGGAGGAAGCAAGGAAAAGUUGGAUUCCCACACAGGCUGACCAAGGAAGAUGCCAUGAAGUGGUUCCAACAGAAAUAUGACGGUAUCAUUUUAGCCAGCAAGAAGUAAAAACUGUGUUUUUACAUUUGACUAAAUAAAUAUUUUUAAGGAUUUGUUA